AUGUCUGGAGAUGACCUGUUUGAUGUGUUUGAUGAACAGCCAGCGGUAAUCCCCGAGAUUGCAGCCGAAGGAGUGGAAAACUCGCCUGUGCCGGAACAAAAUGGCAGAAAACACCAGCUGGAGGAUGUCAAAACGGAUGGCAGUGUGCCGGAGGAGCCUGAAACUAAGAGGAAAAAGCAAGAGAGUAAGUUAGUGGAUGAAAAAAAGAGGAAAUCGACGGUUGUACCAGUGGUUACUGAUGCUUUUGAACAGGAGGCGUCCAGAGAGGUUGAUGCGUCGGCUGGGUUGAUGAAUGCCGCUACAACACAAGUGGAGAGUGAUGGGAAAGUUAAGCUGUCGCAUCAAGUGCGCCAUCAGGUGGCACUGCCGCCCAAUUUUGAUUACAAGCCUAUCGGUGAACAUAGAAGGAAAAACGAGGCGCGCACGUAUCCCUUCACGCUUGAUCCUUUCCAGGAUACAGCCAUUUCCUGCAUUGAUAGGGGGGAGUCGGUGCUGGUUUCGGCCCACACCUCGGCUGGUAAGACGGUAGUUGCCGAAUACGCGAUAGCCCAAUCGUUGAGGGACAAGCAAAGGGUUAUCUACACGUCGCCUAUCAAGGCGUUGUCGAACCAAAAGUACAGAGAAUUGCUGGCGGAGUUUGGAGAUGUGGGACUUAUGACAGGUGACAUUACAAUCAAUCCCGAUGCCGGGUGUUUGGUCAUGACGACCGAAAUUUUGAGGAGCAUGUUGUAUAGAGGUAGCGAGGUGAUGAGGGAGGUUGCCUGGGUGGUGUUUGAUGAAGUGCAUUACAUGAGAGACAAGGAGCGUGGCGUUGUGUGGGAGGAAACGAUCAUUUUGCUGCCGGACAAGGUUCAUUACGUUUUCUUGUCGGCCACCAUACCUAAUGCUAUGGAGUUUGCUGAGUGGAUUUGUAAGAUCCACGUACAGCCGUGCCACAUUGUCUACACCGAUUUCCGUCCUACGCCGCUUCAGCACUAUUUAUUCCCAGCACACGGUGAAGGAAUAUAUCUGGUUGUCGACGAAAAGAGCACAUUCAGAGAAGAGAAUUUCCAGAAGGCAAUGACCUCGAUUAGCAACCAGUCUGGGGAUGAUCCUAAUUCAGCCGAUAGCAAGGGUAAAAAGGGCCAAACAUACAAGGGAGGAGCAGCCAAAGGUGAUGCAAAAGGUGAUAUUUACAAAAUUGUAAAGAUGAUCUGGAAGAGAAAGUACAAUCCCGUUAUUGUGUUCUCAUUCAGUAAGCGUGAUUGUGAAGAACUUGCACUAAAGAUGUCCAAGCUGGAUUUCAAUUCCGAUGAAGAGAAAGAUGCUUUAACCAAGAUCUUUAAUAAUGCGAUCGCAUUACUGCCAGAGGUUGAUAGAGAGCUGCCACAGAUCAAACACAUUCUGCCACUCUUGAGAAGAGGUAUCGGUAUUCACCACUCGGGUCUACUGCCUAUUCUAAAGGAAGUUAUCGAAAUUUUAUUCCAGGAAGGGUUUUUGAAAGUAUUGUUUGCAACUGAGACAUUCUCUAUCGGUCUAAACAUGCCGGCCAAGACUGUUGUUUUCACAUCCGUAAGGAAGUGGGAUGGUCAGCAGUUCCGUUGGGUUUCAGGUGGUGAAUACAUUCAGAUGUCUGGUCGUGCUGGUCGUCGUGGUCUCGAUGAUCGUGGUAUUGUUAUCAUGAUGAUCGAUGAGAAAAUGGAACCACAGGUAGCCAAAGGGAUGGUUAAAGGGCAGGCAGAUCGAUUGGAUUCGGCUUUCCAUUUGGGUUACAAUAUGAUUUUGAACUUGAUGCGUGUUGAGGGUAUAUCCCCCGAAUUCAUGCUCGAGAAUUCGUUUUAUCAGUUUCAAAAUGUGAUUUCAGUACCAAGGAUGGAAAAGAAACUCCUGGAGCUUCAGAAAAUGGCAGAUGAUAUUGAAAUUGAAGAUGAAGAAAAUGUUAAAGAUUACUACGAAGUUAGACAGACUCUAGAUGGUUACAAUCAAGACGUUCGCCACAUCAUUACUCAUCCUGCGAAUAUCUUGAGUUUCCUGCAACCGGGACGGAUGGUAGAGAUCGCAAUUGAGAAUAAGGAUAACUAUGGUUGGGCUGUGGUAGUAGAUUUUGCUAAGAGGAUGAACAAACGCAAUCCAACCGCUGAGUAUACUGACCAUGAGUCUUACAUUGCUAAUGUUGUGGUUAACACCAUGUUCGUUGAUUCACCUAUAAAUUUGAUCAAGCCAUUCAAUCCUAAAUUUCCUGAGGGUAUACGUCCUGCUCAUGAAGGUGAAAAAAGCAUUUGUGCCAUCAUCCCAGUUACUCUAGACUGUAUUCGCCGAAUUGGAAACCUGCGACUCUUCAUGCCAAAGGACAUAAGGGCAAGCGGCCAGAAAGAAGUGGUCGGCAAAUCACUUCAGGAGGUCUCACGCAGAUUUCCUGACGGUAUACCACUUAUUGAUCCUGUAAAAAACAUGAAGAUCGAGGAUGAAGAUUUCGCAAAGCUCUUGCGGAAAAUUGAAGUCUUAGAAAGCAAACUCUAUUCGAACCCUCUAGCCCAAUCUGUUAGAUUGAAGGAAUUGUAUGAAAGUUUCAGAAAGAAGCGCGCCUUAGAAGAUGAAUGCAAAGAGCUGAAGCAUAAGAUUAGUGAGUCUCAAGCUGUUAUCCAGCUUGAUGAUCUACGUCGUCGCAAGAGAGUCCUUCGUCGUCUCGGUUUUUGUACUCAAAGUGACAUUAUUGAAUUAAAGGGAAGAGUGGCAUGUGAGAUUUCUUCCGGUGAUGAAUUACUGCUAACAGAACUGAUAUUUAAUGGUAAUUUCAACGAAUUGACACCACAUCAAGCUGCUGCCCUACUUUCCUGUUUUGCUUUCCAAGAACGGUGUAAAGAAGCUCCACGACUCAAGCCAGAACUAGCAGAGCCAUUAAAAGCCAUGAGAGAGGCUGCAGCUAAAAUUGCUAAAAUAAUGAAGGAUUCCAAGAUUGAGGUGGUCGAGAAGGAUUACAUUGAAAGUUUCAGACAUGAGCUUAUGGAAGUGGUAUAUGAAUGGUGCAAAGGUGCUAGCUUCACUCAAAUCUGUAAAAUGACAGACGUCUAUGAAGGUUCCCUGAUUAGGAUGUUCAAAAGAUUAGAGGAACUCGUGAAGGAAUUGGUUGACGUAGCAAAUACUAUUGGGAAUGCCGCUCUGAAGGAAAAGAUGGAAACAGUUCUAAAUUUAAUUCAUAGAGAUAUCGUCUCUGCAGGAUCCUUAUAUUUGUGA